AUGUACUCCGACCUUCCUCCCCAUCUCCAGACGCUGAACGCGAUCCCCUCCAGCUCUUCGCCGCCCUCGACGGCCCUCAACGCUGAGCAGGAGGAGGCCUUCUGGUCCUUCCUUAACACGGACGAGCUCUUCGCCAACAUCGGUGUCGCCCCUCAGGCUUUCGAGGCCAAGCUUGCCAGCGAGCAGGCUCAGCAGCAGCAGCAGCAGAUCAAGGAGUCGCCCGCCGCGUCUACCCCCGCCACCACCACUGCCGCCAAGGAGUCUCCUGCUUCCACCGACAAGCCGACGACGCUUGAGUCCUUCCUCGCCAACUUUGCCGACGAGCCCCCCAUCCUCCCGAACAACUACCUGCUCAACCUCACGAACCAGUACAACGCUGCCGCGUCCACUUCGACGAGUACGCCCGCCGCUGAGUCCGUUGCCCCCGAGACCCCCGCCACUCCUUCCCUUCGCGUCGGACAAACCGGCGAGCGCAUCACCGGUGCCAAGCGUCUGAAGCAGAUGGGUGCCCCGCCCGCCGAGAUCGAGGAGGACAAGCGCCGCCGGAAUACGGAGGCGUCUGCCCGUUUCCGCGCCAAGAAGAAGGAGCGUGAGCAGGCUCUGGAGCGCCGCGCGAAGGAGCUCGAGGCGCAGGUCGCCAACCUGACGUCGGAGAAGGCAUCGCUCGAGAAGGAGAACUCUCUGCUCAAGUUCAUUCUCGUCAACGGAGGACAAGGACAGAACAACAACAGCACGCCGCUCAAGACGCCCGAGGCGCUCCAGGCCGCGCUCGCCUCUCUCGGCAAGCGCAAGACGCGCGAUGAGUAA